CCGCCGGCAUGGAAUCGAAAACGUCUCACUCACAGUGCGUCGUGCUUGCUAUCCACCAAGAGUUAUCUAAAAAAGCUUCCAAGCGGAGGAGGUCACCCCUAUGUAACCGCGUGUCAUGACGAAUCAAGAAGAAUCUCUGUAAACGAAAACCCGCAUGCUCUCCCUCAUGUUCUAAACUACUCUGUCCAGAGAAGACAGCAAAUCGAGAUCGUCGAACGAAGAAUUUACCGAACGCCGAACGGAACUAGAUGCCUCCAGCUCUAUUCAUGCUAAUGCAUUCCAUUCGCAUUCUUCAGCGCACGGAACUAACGUCAAGAACAUACAAGUACUCGUGGUAGAAAGGAUAUAGCGAGGAUGUAAAGUCAGACGAUCGAUGAGGUCCACAAUUUUCAACGAUCGGAACAACUAGUCGUCGACAACCAUCGGAACCAAUUCAGAAUCAAUUGCUCCUUUAUAGUACUUAUAUGUAUCAAAAAAAAAUUGUCUACUCCUUUAAAGAGGAACAGUUGUAACUCGCUUAAUUUCUAAUCUAUAUUUUGCAAGCUCCAAUUACUCGCCGUUGAACUAGUGGCGCGAAAUUCGAUAAAUUCAAUGGGUGAUUCGAUGGACGAUUCGAUUAACAUCAAAUUUGGAAGAACUUGAGCAGAAUGAGAGAUUCUUAUUAAGAAAUUGCGAGCGAAAAAAAUAAGAGCGGGAGUGCCACGAGCCCUCCGGUAGCAAGGGAACGCGUAACCAAAGGGGGUCCAUGUAUUGGGCGUUCUUUAAGAUGGCCGAUCUCUUCGCGGCGCGGAAUCAAUAUUGUUGGAUUGACUCGAUAACGCCUCGUAAAUAUAAUAAAGCCCUUGGAACCUCGUCCCUCUGGAUCGUCUGUGGCGCGGGGCAGCGCUGCCUAACAAAGAUAAUGGUCGAAGCCCUGGGCACCCGGUAGGCUUCUACUAUGGAGGGGUUCGAUGGAAGGGCCUUACAACCCCCUCUACACAAGUUUCCUACUCGUCUCUGUCGCUCUUCCUUCCCCUGCGUGCUUCUCUCUCCCUCUCUAUCGAGCGAAACACGUCGCGGCCAGAGCUGGCGGGCAACGCAACAACCGAGUCAGUGAGACUCAGCCCGAGCCGGCGAACGGUUGGCUCUUGGCGCGUUCUUUGCAUCCGUUCGUCCGUUUGUCCGUUCGUCUCGUGUUCUACUGCGAUCGUCGACCGUUCUACGAACUCUUCCACGACUGUGUGUGGUCCCUGGAUCUGGAUUCGCUGGAAGUUCUUGCUCCCCGGAACACGAUAAAAACGGGACGAUCCUUUCGAUCGAUACGAAAUAGGGAAGAUCGAGCGUGACACGAAGUUUGUUGAUCACAAGAUUCGUCGAUCGAAGUUCGGAGAUUUUUCGAGUAUCACGGAGGACAUUGUGGUCGACGUAGUGUCGAUUCUAGAAGAAGAAGACUGGAAUAGCAACGGAGAGGAUUCGACAAUGCUGGCGAACGUAUAGUGAGCACGCGGAGACUUCGACGACCGGUACGAGGAUGUCGCGCGUCGUGGACCACCCUGACCGUCGUUGUCGUCACCGUGUACCGGUGACGACGAUCCUCGCGGCGAUCUUACGGUGAGAUCGCGGGGCCCGCGUGUACGUGUCUCUGCGCGAGCUUUUCCGUGUAUAAAUAGACUCGAUACUCCAUCUCGGAUUACGAGAAACAGCUCCGAUUCGCCAAAGUAUACGCGGCCAAGUGUAAUCAUUUACAUGUGAACAGGAAGAAAUCCUUGUAUCUAACAACCGAUACGAGUAAUCCAAUAAACGUUCCGUGAAAAUAGUGUUAUGAUCGUCAAGAAGAUAUCGGUGCACGUUUUCGAAGCAGGGACAAGUUUUAAUGGAGUUUGAAAGUGGUGACAAGUUCGACGAAAAGUGAUCGUUUUUCGAACGAUGAUUCCAGGCAUGACAGCUGGUAGUUCGAUAUCCAGUGCAAGGAGGAAGGCGUGAUUGAUCGGGGAAACGACGAAGGGAGAAGCAAUUGUCAGGAAGUGGAAUUUUCGCGAUAGUAACGCACGUGUACAUGUAAGCUCCUCUUCGCUUCACACGACGCCCGUGGGAAGCUGUACUAAUCCCGGAUUAAUGCACACUGGAAAUCACAGCAUGGAGGACAUAGUGACGGUCGUUAGUACGAGCACACCAAGCACCAACACGGUUCAUCCCAGCGUAAACGACAUGGACUGGUUUGCCGGUGUGGCCGAGGAGGAACUGCUGUACUACACGGGCGUCGGCAACGACGUCGAUUCUCUUUGGGCUGUGAUCGGGAGCUUCGUACCACCGCCGCCUAGACCACCUUAUUUACCCGAGGAGGGUGUUACCACCGACGGACUUACCACUUGUGAUUUGUGUUCGUGGGCGUGGAGGAACAACAGGCAUUCCUUUUCCCUAGACGGCACUCUCGAAGCUCCUGGAGAACUCGGAUGGGUGCUGACUCUAGUGAUAGUGUCCUUAGUAUCGGCUGGCAUCGGGGCUGUGGUCAUGGUGACUCUUCUUCACUGUCGAAGAUUGAAAAGCGCUGGUGGCAGAGCGAGUUGCUGUACCGUCGGUGUCGAGGAUUCGAACGCUCAGGAAGCCGGCGGCCCAGGUGGUGGAGGAGGAGCUGGAGGUGGAGUGGCCGUUAUACCCGACCGGCCGCCUCUCGAGCUCGAUAAGCUGCCACCUUAUCACGACGUCGCUCCUAGCCCUGGGCACAAUGUGUGGUCGUGGUUAGGCUCGCGACGCGGCGGCGGUACACCGGGAGUCGUCACGACGCCUCUGUCGCUUCCGCAACACAGACGGGCGAUGAAUCUCCCUGUGGAGAAUCACUACACCCACAUGCAAACGGACGAGGCUCUCUACGCAGAACUGGACUCUCAGGCCGCGAGCUACGCCAGCGAUCUCCAACUACAAAUGAGAGGAAGCUCGACGUACGGUACAACUUCCGGCGGGCAGGACGACGAAUACCACGAGCUAGACGCCGCGAGGUUACAUCGUCAUUACGGUGGAAGCAACGGGGACGAAUCUUUGCAAAGGGACACGCUUCGUACACGUCACAGUAAAAGGUUACAAGAACCGGAUUACGAAAUGUACGAGAACGGACCGUCAACACCAGUCCCGCCAGGUCAGAUGCAACAUCAUCAUCACCAUCAUCACCACCACAAUCAUCACCAUCACCAUCAAGACCUGCGGAUCGGUAGCAGAAACGGUGACCACCCGUCGUAUCAAAACACAGCGUACACCGGAAGCGACGCCGAACCGGAUGGUCCAACUUUGAGCAGCGCGCCAAGCAGCGCUUACUACAGCGACCUGAGCUCGAAUUCGGCGAAUCAACAGAUGCCCACGGCGGCGUCUUCCGGAAGCAGCACGAAUCUGCAUCUGAACCAACAGGGUCUAGAAACUCCUCAGUAUCGUUUGGCUGCGAUAAACGAGAGCUCCGUGCCUUCGGACUAUAUUUAGAAUAAAAUUUCUCCACAGUGAAUUAACAACCAGUGAAAAGUUCUUUUUCGGAUAAUCGUGUUUCAAUAUCUUUUUCCACUUGUUGGAAUAGUGAUCCCGGAGUGUUUGAUCGUACAGAUUGAAGACCGAAGCUUUGAUCCGAUGACGAUCAGGACUCAGGAAUAUCUGUGUGGAAUUGUGAAGAAAAUAGAUGAUCGAGUGUAUUACGUUGGAUCAAUGAGACGAGAAAAAAGAAUUUUAUGACAACGAAAUUCGCGUCAUCAACGCUUUGCGUGAAACGAUAGUGCCAUAAAUAUUAUUUGACUUACAGUUCCACUUUCAUUUCACAUACUUGCAACUAUUCCUCGGCUCUCGACGGCCGAUACCGUCUUCAAGAAUACAUCGUCUGUUGCACUCAAAAGAGCAGAGUAAUUCUCGCGCUAUGUGAACCAAACUUGCGUAACGAAAUUUUAUAUCACGUAUACAAUGUUGUUAUUGUUCUUCUCUCAGGGAAUGACCGUUCACAGAGAGAAUUAGUCUGCGGACUUAUUAAUGAUCUAAUACGUUACGAGUAUUAUCCUUAUUAUUGUAACGCGGCAACGGGACAAUGGAUUCGCGAGCGUUACUCGGUCUUCGGCAGUUUUGAUCUAUUAAUCGAAUUCGUUCGCGCACGCGAAACGAAAAGGUCUCCUCGAGAAGGCAACGAGAGCACGAAGCGGCGAAUGCACGAAACCGAUUGGAAUGAAGUCGUUUCGGGGAACAGGUGUUUCGUAAUUUGACGUUCGAGGGCUUUCAGUCAGCGCUCUCAACUACAUCCGCUUUGCUUUUGCAUUUCGAGCGAAUGGCAUGGACUGCUUCGAUGGUAUUCCCCUUUCUCUCCUGCACGAUAUCUUUUCCCCGGUAUACGGUGUUUCGAAAUUCUUGUACCUUUUUCAAAUAGCUUCUACUCCUCCGAUAAAAAGAAUAUUUGCUAUUGAAUUAUGCGAAUAUUCCCGUUACGUUGCUUUGUAUUUUUAAUGUUCAAUUUCCAAACUGAGAUUUUAACAAGAAAUCAUUUUCACAAACUAUCUCGUACUAAUAUAAGAUUCUAAUAGUUACGUAUUGAUUUCCUUGAUUAUCCGGAUCAAUUUUAUACGAGACCAAUGGAUGUGUUGAUACUUAUAAACGUAAAACAUAAAUCAUAUCGCAGAUUUAAAAAAUAAAAUAGAUAUCACAUCAUCAGAGAACUUGUUUCAACGAGGGCGACUGUUUCACAGCAUCGCGCGACGGUGUUCGCCACUGAAUCGUUAAACAGGAUUGGGGCGCUCCGUUAGGCUCAAUCGUUUAUCUUCGACCCUCGUUCGACCGCAGAAUUAAUUCGUUUCACCCGAUUCGGCAGGACUCGUUUAAUCGACGCCGUCGUGUUCUCUUAAUUACCUUCCCUCGGACAGGCUCGAUUGUUUCUUCGACAGAACACGAACUGGAAGAGACGUUUUGCAUCGAGAUUCUCCACCGCGCUCGCGUUUACGUCUUUCAUUUGUAUCUCACCUGCGCCUACCUGUCGCCACGAGAUUACACUACACACCUUCCACGUUUACUUAUCGCGUCAUUCCUUUAACCAACGAAGUUCUUCUUUUUCUUUUACAUACACGCGAAUCUUUUGACAAACUUUUAAUUAACAUGAAAACUUAGAUGACGAUUCGUGAUUGUUGAUUCUGUAAGUCUGAGUACAACUUUGUUAACAGAUUGUAGACGUUUAUGGUAAUAAUUCAUACUUUUACGAGUGCGAUUAAUCCUCGUUAUUUCUUCACGUUUCUUCAGAUAUCUUCUUCUUCUUUUGGAACGCUAUAAAUGUAUAAACGUCCAUAGUUCUUUCAUUAAAAUAAGUCUCUCAGAAGCUAAACCCUUCAAUUUCAUUACAUAAAUAAUAUUAUUGAUGUUCAAUUUUCAAAAAGCAGAUGGUGUAACUCAUAAGAUCACAUAUCACAAAGAAAUGGUACAAAUAAGGGCAAGUUUCUUCACGUUUCUUCAGAUAUCUUCUUCUUCUUUUGGAAUGCUAUAAAUGUGUAAACGUCCAUAGUUCUUUCAUUGAAAUAAGUCUCUCAGAAGCUAAACCCUUCAAUUUCAUUACAUAAAUAAUAUUAUUGAUGUUCAAUUUUCAAAAAGCAGAUGGUGUAACUCAUAAGAUCACGUAUCACAAAGAAAUGGUACAAAUAAGGGCAAGUUUCUUCACGUUUCUUCAGAUACCUUCUUCUUCUUUUGGAACGCUAUAAAUGUAUAAACGUCCAUAGUUCUUUCAUUAAAAUAAGUCUCUCAGAAGCUAAACCCUUCAAUUUCAUUACAUAAAUAAUAUUAUUGAUGUUCAAUUUUCAAAAAACAGAUGGUGUAACUCAUAAGAUCACGUAUCACAAAGAAAUGGUACAAAUAGGGGCAAGUUGUUAUGUAGAUUUAAAGAGAUAACAUCUGUAACAUCAAUCUCUUGUACUGUUUAGUUUCUGAAAUUGAUCAGUGCGACUUCUGAAUGAUUCAAAUAAGGAAACAACAUGCAAAAAAAAGGAGCUCAACAAGUAGAGAUAAGAGUAAUGCAAGUCAAGCGUCCAUGACAGUUGUCACGUUCACUGGAACUCCCGAAAUGCGAAAAGUACAUCCUUUUUUUUCUCUUAAUCGUCCGUGUAUCCCGGUAAGCGAACGUAAAUUACGUCGGUACUACCGUGAGCUCAUAAAUUACCGCGGCCCUCUGGUUCGUUGUACACAAAGAAACGCGAUGUUUCGUUGGCCGAAAAACCAUUCCGCGGUGCGGAAUCAUUCACAGCUCUCUGCCGCUUAACUAUACACACCGAAGAGAACGCGGAGCGUGCAACAACAGAUGCAACAAUGCACUACCUCGUGGCCACGCAAUAAUUAAUUGCGCCCUCGCAGCCACAAUGGCGAUAGGGAGAGCCGGCGGUGCUUGGCGCAUUAUUUCCCCGAAAAAAAUCCCACGAACGCGGCGCGUUGUCGGAUGGGUAGGCUCUUAUCGUGGUCGUGUUACGCGAACAGGAACGGUAUUAUGGAAUUCGUUGGUGCCUCCGCUUAAUUAAGGCCCGAUUUUCUCCGCCAGGAUCUUCCGCAUUUAAGCGACGAGCUUGUAUCGGUCAAACUCGCGAGCGAUUUGCAGCCACGCACCAGCAUACUUUUGUCUCCUUACUUAAGAGAUACUCGGCAGUAUCUUCGAAGAUGAAGCGUAAAAAAGGAUUCGCUUCGUUUACUUAGAAUAUUUCCAAAAGUCUAGAAAUUCUUCGAACUAUACGAAAAUCUAUUCGGAAAAUGAUUUAAAACCUUAAAAGCGCAUCUUCGUCGUGGACGACGGUAAGAAAAUCGACAGCGCAGCAGGAUCGUGGGAAUUUAUAUCGUUGAAUUCCCGCGAAUUUCUCGAUUGUCUCUUUACUCGGUACAAAGACGAUACGGAGAGCGUGGCGGAGCACGCGUCUAGGAUACAGCGAAAGGAAUACGGGGCCGUAAGGACGUUGGGAUCCGCCCUAGCUGAACACACACUACCUUCGUCCCUGCUACGGGAUAUAUAAAUUAUACAUGUAAAUAUACGGGCGUCCGGGCCAAGAAAGAUCGAACCGUGAGAUAUCGAGAUAUGUGUUGGCGACCCGUACACCUCGCCUCCUACUUUCACCUCUUUUUCCUCGUUUUCUACUCUCGUCCCCCUUCCAAAGGUUACGCUAGCGCGCACGCAUAAACUCACGCAUCUACGUGCCUAUGGCGAAUACCUUUAUCGCCGCUGCCACCGAAACGUCCUUAUGCCCGCGUGCACGCAUGCCGUUCCCGCUAAUUCCUAUGCAUUUUUCGAAUUACCGGUGAAAUCACGACAGACCCAGCGUUCCUCGUUCCCCGUGGCGUUCCCACACCGGAAAAAUGUUCGUGGAAUGAAACCCCCUGCGCGGCUGAAUUGUUCGCCGGCUGCUUUCAGCGCAUCGCGUACUGCCCUCUUGAAACUCGACUCGCUGAAAACCGCCAAGAGUUUUUUCACGAACCAACGAAUUUGCGAAUAAAGUUUCUUAAACGAGAGCAUUGUGAAUCAAUAUCGUUAUGUACAACCUGUAAGAAGUCGUUUAAUCGAAUACCAAGUAAAGUGUCGCAGAAAUGAAAAAAUUCCGUUCUAUCAUUUAUGUAAUAUUCUCUGUAAAGUGGUGCAAUACGGUAUGUUGAAACUUUUAUUGCGUAGAGAACUAUUACCGAUCGAUUAAAAUCAAAUGCAUCGUUACGAAACAGACAGCGAACUGGCGGUUUAUCUUGGAAACGCGACUUCGAUGGCGACACUUUAAGGUACAAAUCGCGGAGAACGGAGAAACUACGGUCGCCUUGUAUCGACAUGAUAUUUAUAUUGGUAAAAAAAAAAAACUGGUAUUGAGAUUUUAUUGCACCAACGACAACGUUCCUGACACAAAUGCACGAUUGACUAUCGAAUUUGUAUUUUCUAUGUGAUGUGAUGUUUCUUGCCUAUAACUUUUGUAACUAUAGCGAGGGGAUAAGAUGUAAUAUAGCGAUCUAGCAAAAGUUCAAUGCGAAAAAUAAUGUAUAAAAUCCAAACGAACGUGUGAAACUGUAAAAAUAAGAAAAUUUAUAAGUUGCUUGUAUUGUAAUUAAUGUUAAUCUUAUUAUUGACAUGAAACGGUGCUAAAAAUGAAUUGUCAUACUUGCGAUUAAAUUAUUUAUAUUUUCAAAUUUCUGAGAAGAUUAGAAAUAUUUUCUUCAUUUCCUAUCAAAGUUGUUAUAUGAAAAUAUCAAAUUAUUAUAAACUUUCAGUAAUUUUUAUUGUAAUGUUUGACAAUUCUACAGUACAACAGAGUAUUAAGUUUUCGUUUAGAAUAAGUGCUGACGCGACUUGUACAUAACGUUGCAAAUUGUAAAGAAAGAAAACUAUUUUAUUUUCAUGUAUAUAAUCGUGAAGCGCUUGUGUACAUGAAUAAACUUAUUCUGUGCGCGAUUGAGUUGACUAUUGUGACCAAUUUUUAAAGGCAUUGCACUCUUUUGUAUGUAAGAAAUUGUACAGUGAAUAAAAACAAAUUCCAUAUCUACA